AUGGAGGCCGAAGAGACGAUGGAAUGCCUUCAGGAGUUUCCCGAGCAUCACAAAAUGAUCCUGGACCGAUUGAAUGAACAGCGGGAGCAGGACCGGUUUACGGACAUCACGCUGAUUGUCGAUGGUCACCAUUUUAAGGCCCACAAGGCUGUUUUGGCUGCUUGCAGUAAGUUCUUCUACAAAUUCUUUCAGGAAUUUACUCAGGAACCUUUGGUGGAAAUAGAAGGUGUUAGUAAAAUGGCUUUUAGUCACUUAAUCGAGUUCACAUAUACAGCAAAGUUAAUGAUCCAAGGAGAAGAAGAAGCCAAUGAUGUGUGGAAAGCAGCAGAGUUCCUACAAAUGCUGGAAGCUAUCAAAGCUCUGGAAGUCAGGAACAAAGAGAACUCCGCUCCACUAGAGGACAGUAGCACAGGAAAAAGUGAGGCCAAGAAAAGGAAGAUUGCAGAAACUUCUAAUGUUAUCACUGAGUCGUUGCCAUCCGUGGAAUCAGAACCAGUUGAAAUUGAGGUGGAGAUUGCCGAAGGCACGAUCGAGGUGGAAGACGAGGGCAUGGAGACAUUGGAGGACGUGGCUUCUGCCAAGCAGUCCAUCAAGUACAUUCAGAGCACAGGGUCCUCCGACGACUCGGCACUGGCACUGUUGGCAGACAUUACCAGCAAGUACCGUCAAGGUGAUAGGAAAGGGCAGCUUAACGAAGAAGGCUGUGCAUCUGACCUCACAAGCAAACAGGAGCACAUGAAAUCACACUCCACUGAGAGUUUCAAGUGUGAAAUAUGCAAUAAAAGGUAUCUUCGGGAGAGCGCGUGGAAACAGCACCUCAAUUGUUACCACCUUGAGGAAGGUGGGGUCAGUAAGAAGCAAAGAACUGGGAAAAAAAUUCACAUAUGUCAGUACUGUGAGAAACAGUUUGACCACUUUGGACAUUUUAAAGAGCAUCUUCGAAAACAUACAGGUGAAAAACCUUUCGAAUGUCCAAACUGUCAUGAACGUUUUGCUAGAAAUAGCACCCUCAAAUGUCACCUGACCGCGUGCCAAACUGGAGUGGGGGCAAAAAAGGGAAGAAAGAAGCUUUACGAGUGUCAGGUCUGUAACAGUGUGUUUAACAGCUGGGACCAGUUCAAAGAUCACUUGGUAAUACACACUGGAGAUAAGCCCAACCAUUGUACUUUAUGUGACUUGUGGUUCAUGCAAGGAAAUGAAUUAAGACGGCAUCUCAGCGAUACUCACAAUAUCACGGAGCGUCUGGUAACCGAGGAAGUUCUUUCCGUGGAAACGCGAGUACAGACAGAGCCCGUGACGUCCAUGACGAUCAUAGAACAGGUGGGGAAGGUGCAUGUGCUGCCGCUGCUGCAGGUCCAGGUGGACUCCGCCCAGGUGACCGUGGAGCAGGUCCACCCGGAUCUGCUCCAGGACGGCCAGGUGCACGACUCCCACAUGACGGAGCUGCCGGAGCAGGUGCAGGUGAGCUACCUAGAAGUGGGUCGGAUUCAGACGGAAGAAGGAACUGAAGUCCACGUGGAGGAGCUGCAUGUGGAGCGGCUCAACCAGGUGCCCCUGGAGGUCCACACUGAGCUGCUCCAGGCGGACUUGGAUCAAGUGUCCCCCGACAUCAUGAAGCCGGAGGAGCGGGAGCCUAGCCAGGAAGAUGAAGCCGAGGCGGCCGCGGAAGACCAGGGCGAUGCCGAGGAUUCAGAGACCAAACCAACAGAGGAAGAUUCCCCCUCAGAAAGCGCAGGCACAGAACAGAAUGCCGAGGCCAGUUUUACGAUGAAAUAA